AGUGGUGUCUGUGCUGCCUUUACACAGCGGAGCGAUGCUCUGCCACUUCUCAGAGUGGUGCCUGGUCUCGCAGGUUGCGCAGUCAGUUGACUACAUUUUUUUUUUACACCAUUUCAGCAGCUCAAAAGAUUUGAGCCUGAUCCAAAAUCAAAAAGCCAGGUCUUAGUGACAUCCCUGGAGGAGAGGGGUGUUGCUCAUUCAUUGCGGUGCUAUAUCAUCACAAAAGAUCAUUCGCUGUCUGCCAGUCUGAUCAAUCAAGACACAGGAUUAUAAUCGGCAAAGGCUUCAGUCUGCUGAAUGGUCUGCGUUCAUCUCAAAAUGGCUGUUGGUAUUGUCUUAGCUGUUCUGCUGUAUGUUAUUUCAGUAGUUUCAUCAACACACCCAAAGGAGCAAACCGUGGUUGGAAUCAUCGGACAGCCCGUCCUUCUGCCCUGUGACCGUUCCACAUUGGCAACUCCCAACUACCCAACAAGAACCAGAAUAUAUUGGCAAGAUUUAACCCCCAGAGUGCUGCAUGUUUUCAAAGAUGGAAACGAGGAGUAUGUACACCAAAACCUCUGGUAUAAAAACAGGACAACAAUUAACACGGAUCAGUUGGCUUCUGGAAAUCUGUCUCUCCUGCUCAACCCAGUUAAUGUCCGAGACAAUCUCCUGACCUGCGACGUUAUUCUAAUAAUCAAUCACGUACAUUCUCAAGAGUGCCAAAUCACUGUCAAUGUAGCAGCAAGUUACCAAAAGCCCACAUUAAACUUCACAGACAUGACGCUUGUGUGCACCACCCACGGAGGCUUCCCUGAACACCAGGUGACAUGGAGGACCCAUAACCGUACUCUGGAGCGUCACGAGGCUGUCACCAAGACUACCCAGGAUCCUGGAACAGGAACCUACAACAUCAGCAGCAGAGUGAAUGUGACAGAGGGACAGAAUAUAACCUGCAGUAUCUACAACCCCAUCCUCAAUGAGACCCAGAGUAACUUUAUCGUCAUACCAGCCUCCAAAGAGGAAAACCGUUUACCGAAAUGGAUCCUGGCGGCAUUUUGUCCAUUGGGCGUGUUGUUGAUUGCCGUCAUUCUCUGUGUAAAAUACCCCAACCUCAGGAAGCCAUGGAGGAAGAUGAUCCAUUGCUGUUCUGAACCUGAACCUGAAACCACUGCACAAGAAGCAGAAAUUGCAGAAUUGAAUCCACAACAGUAGAAAUCAAGUCCCAAGCUUCUCCAGUGGUGAGGAAGACGAGUUACUGCGUUGUUGGUCCAUAUGGCUGGACAACAUGAGGACAUUGGUACUGCCAAAAUACUGAGAACCAUACUGCUACCAGUAAUCUUGCAUGGAAGCUGAUAUGUGAUGCUAGUGAUCUAUGUCCAAUAUCCAGUGUUUAGGUCCAGGUGUUUAUACAAAAUAAUUGACUUCACGUAAGGGGAGAUCAAAUUGAGACGCGAAGAUGUAUGAAACACUUGAAGAAAAGAACCCGGACACAGAUACAACUGUAGACACAAACGGUGUUGUUGAACAGUGAACCUGUAUGUGUUUGCGUUAUAAUGAAAGUGGUUUUGUCAUAAUGUGUUUUAGUAUUGUUUGUGUCCCAACAUAUCACAGACACACAGACGACGAUGAAGAAAGAAACACCUUAAUUGGGGAGGACGGCCUCGUGGUAAUGGCCGGAGCGAAAUCCGUGGAAUGGUAUCAAAUACAUGAAACAUAUGGUUUGAUGCCAUUCCAUUUGCUCCGUUCCACACAUCAUUAUGAGCCGUCCUCCCCUCAACAGCCUCCACUGAUAGUGAUUCAGGUUCUUUCUGUAUCUAACUUGCAGGUCUGCCGUUCAUCGCGGUAGUGAAUGUCAUGUCUGACUGUAUUUUUAUGGCUGAGUGAAUGUCAUGUCUGACUGUAUUUUUAUGGCUGAGUGAAUGUCAUGUCUCAUUGAUGGAAGAUGUUAGUGCCUAUAGAAAGUUGACACGCCCCUAUGAAUUUUUUUUCACAUUCCGUUGCUUUACAAAGCCUGCUCGCCUCUACAGGAUUGGUGGGUCCCCCUCGGAGACGGUUGAGCUAACGUAGGCUAGUGUGAUUAGCAUGAGGUUGUAAGUAACAAGAACAUUUCCCAGGACAUAUCUGAUAUGGGCAGAAAGGUUAAAUUCUUGUUUAAUCUAACUGCACUGUCGAAUUACAAAGCCUGCUAGCUAAAAACGUUACCUCACAAUGACAGAUAAACGAUUCUAGAAUAUAACUGUGAACUACAGAGCGUGGGUCGCUUGGGGGUUACCCUACGGUAGCCCCAGUUAGAUCAGGCUACUCAACGUGUUUUAUAGUUUUUUUUAUUUGUUUAGUCUUUUUUUUUCUUUUGGAGGGGUUUACAGGAACAAUAUAUAUUUCAAUGAAUAUAUUCUGUGUGUAUAACAUGUACCUGUGGGCUGUCAACCAAAAGAAAAACUGAAGUAAGAAAUACAUAGAAAUGAUCAUAUUGAUCAAGAAAAUAUUUUGUAGAAGUAUAAUUCAUAUUGUAAAUAAACAAAACCUGCAACCCUGCAUACCUAUUUCUGCCCAUUCCACCCACCACUUAUCUCCUAAGCCCCCCCUACUAGCCCCCUGAACAUCCAAGGUUGCUUGUCAACUGAGGAUGUUUUUACACCCCCCCCCCCCCCAGAGAACCCCGUUGCCACACCACCCCUUCCACAUGGGCCUGAAAGCAAAGAUAGUAUCAUGCUGAAUAGCCACCACUAGUCAGCCCCCCCCCCAAUUGCUACAGUUGAUAAUAUGUUUAUGUUUUAUUUAAAUUAUUACUUGUAUUGUUUUGGUGGCAGGUAGCCUAGUGAUCAGAGCAGUGGCUCGAAUCCCCGAGCUGACAAGGUGAAAAACUGUCGUUCUAACCCUGAACAAGGCAGUUAACCCACUGUUCCUAGGCCGUCAUUGAAAAUAUGAAUUUGUUCUUAACUGACUUGCCUAGUAAAAUUUGAGGUUUGAGUUUAAUAUUUAAACUGUACCCUUUAAUUACAUCUGCAAAUCUGAACAUCUGACUAAUAAACUUAUUAUAAACUUA